AGCUAUCUUGAACGAAGUUAAUACCCAACCUAAAAUGUAAAGAAUUCCUAAGAUUCCAACACACAAUGAAGACAAAUAGGAGGGUACAUAUAACAAGAGCACAACAUGUACUAGAAACCGUGCCAAGCGGCCCUUCCCACACCGUAUCAUACAUGUACUAGAAACCGUGCCAAGCGGCCCUUCCCACCGUAUCAGACAGUCAUGUACAUGCCUCCAUGCACACUACACGAGUUUGAUGAAAAUCGACGGGGAAUAAAACCAUCAUAAAAAACCUACACAAAAAUAUAUUUUGUUUAAUGGUCUUUGCUUCAGAUAAAAAAGAAUAACAAGUCACGUAUACUGUAAAUAAAUGACACAUCGACUGACUAGCUACGGGUAUACCAGCAAUAAUUGAGUAUCCCUGCAUUCCGUUAUGUGGCAAUCUUGCUUUCGAUCGGACAUUGCUUUCAUUUUUAUUUAAGAGGUCAACUUAAUCAAACCUAAUUUUUCGGAAAAUCCAGCUGCAUUUAAAAUUCCUACUCAAGUACAAACUAUAGUUUCUAUUGAAGUAGAAAUGACUGAUUUGUCUCCAGACAGUGGGACUUGUGGUGAGGAAACUGCCGGGGUUGGAUCGAGCACAGAGAUGGACACACACACAAAUGGACCAAUUCGUGAAGGGGCAGACUCAAAUGACGACAUGAUUACAUCAGAUGAUACUUUCGAGGGAUACGCUAAGAAACUGAAAUCAGUCGGAAAACUCGUUUCAAAACUUCACUUGAAGCCAUCUUCAAAACCAAAGUUGCCACCACCUACACAUCUGACUUCAAAUGAUAAAAGUAUGGAAGACAAAGCCGACUUAAAACAACCUGCACUGUCUACAUCACUGUUGGCAGACUACCGCUACGAUAUGACGCACCGCCAACGAGGAAGGGCGGUAUUAAUCAAUAAUGAGAAUUUCAAAGAGUGCUCUGAUAUGCCCAAUCGUCCCAAUCCAGCAAUCGAUGUAGACCCCCUAAGCAGCACUUUAAAGGAUUUGGGAUUUUUAGUUCAGACUUUUGAGGACCUUACGUGUGGAAGGAUAAGACACUUAAUGCACCUACUAAGCAAAGACGAUCACAGUGAUGUUGACUGCCUCUUAGUCGCCGUGAUGACGCAUGGGGACAAAGGCGAGAUCUACGGCACGGAUGGACCCAUGAACGCAAGCGAGAUCACCACGCCGUUCCGUGGAGACCAUUGCCAGGGUUUGAUCGGCAAACCCAAGCUGUUCAUUUUCCAGGCUUGUCGAGGAGGCCUUGUGGACCAGGGCGUUGCUAUAAACAGAGAUGACGUCGAUGAAACGGACGCAUUGAUUGCCUACGAAAAUGCUCAUACUAUUCCAGUCGAGGCGGAUUUCCUGUUAGCUUACUCAUCCCCAGACGGUUACGCAUCGUGGCGAAACGGUACCGCCGGCGCCUGGUUCAUCCAAUCCCUUGUUAAAGUUCUCAACGCCUAUGGCGAAAUUUGGGAAAUCACAAGAAUCCUAGCUCUUGUCAACCGCAUGGUGGCGCUUCAGUAUGAAUCCAGAUCACAAAACACGUCUAUGACGCAGAAGAAACAAAUGCCAUGUUUUGUAUCGACACUGACGAAGGAGCUGUAUUUUAAGCCGAAAGAAGUCGCAAAGGAAAUGCACAAACAACUUUAAACAAAGGAGUAUACUAUCAUAAGUUUGAAUAAACUUAACUGUGUUUUUUGCAACUGGAAUUUAAACACUGUCUUAACGCAUUCACACACAAAGGUGGCCAAACAAUUAUCUAUUAUGGUAUGUAAAUAAUUAGUUGAUACCAAUUUAUUAUUAUGUAAAUUAAACCAUCUUUAUUAAACUUAUUAUUUAAAUGUAGUGGACACUAUUGGUAAUUACUCAAAAUAAUUAUUAGCGUAAAACCUUACUUAGUAACAAGUAACGG